GGUAACGGCAUCGGAAACACUUCUCGCUUGCAAAAAGGCGGAUCCCUGUCUGCUACUUUGCCUUUCAGAACUUCUUUAGAACCUAUUUUUUCCUCGGCGGCUCCCAGUUACACGCCAAAUCCAACUCAUAUUGCUUUCUGAAGUAUUAAAACGGCAUUGUAUUCAGUCGAGUUCUACGACCGUCCUCGCCCCGACGGCAGAAAGAGUUUUCCAGCUUCAGCUAGCUAACUUUUAACGCACUAGCAUUCAACUUGACAAUUGCUCUGCAGCACAACAGGGAAGAAGCAGCACCGGAGCAUACACAGGAAGAUGGGAGAUAAAGAACUGAUGUGGGCAUUGAAAACCGGAGACCUGGACGAGGUCAAAGCCAAACUGGUAACGGCUGAGGAUGCAAACCGGACCCUGGAUAGCGGGAGAAAGCCUCUGCACUAUGCUGCGGACUUUGGUCAAACAGAUGUGGUGGAGUUCCUCAUUUCUAAGGGAGCAGAUGUCAAUGCUCCUGAUAAACACGGGCUCACUCCACUGAUAUCUGCCUGUUACGAGGGUCAUCUCUCCUGUGUCAAGGUCCUGCUAGAAGGGGGUGCUGACAAAGACGGGAAAGGACCGAACGGCAUCAGUGCCUUUGAAGCUGCCGAGAGCGACGCCAUAAAGGCUCUGCUCAAGUGAGGAGCCCGCGGUGUGGGAGGUGGCUGGACAGGUGGGUGAACGGACAGACAGAUGGAGGCAGUGGUCCCCUGACAGAAGAUGGACUCACCCCUUUUACCCUUAUCAACCUCUGUCUUAACACUGCUUUUGUCUGUUUGUUGGAGGGUCAUUUUAUCUGUCUGGUGAUUUUCCUUUAUAUAUAUAUUUUUUUUUUUUUUUUUUUUUUCCCCAAGUUUUUUGGGAUAGGAUUUUCUCUUCUUUUGGCCUCUGUUUGUAGCCAUUUAACAGAAGGACUUGUCAGUUAAUGUCUCCCUUAAGGACCAAUCACUAGGGGAGAGCUCUCAUACCUGGAUCCUGAAACACUGCAGACUAGAAGUCAAACUCUAUCAUGUAAACGCAAAGCUUAGCACUUAAAUACACACCUCUCAUUUGCAGUUGUCUCUUAAAACCGUCAAGUAAUCAAAUGCUAACAAGAUCCAUAGUGUGUUAAUAUUUUUUACAACUUCAGUAUGAGUAUUGUAUGGCCAAGGCUUAAUCUCAUGAACAGUAAUUGCACUGUACUAUACUAGGUAGGUUGAAAAGAAAGGUUGUAAAGUUUAAUUAUAUUAACCUUUCAUUAUGUGUGGCCUCUUCCUCGACCUUGAUUUCUUUUUUUAACAGACCAAACCAUCCCUCCAGUCCAAUACUGAAAUUUGGGAAAUGUUGGGUGAGAGAGGUCCAGAGGCCAGUCCAGAUUUUCCUUUUCUACUUGGCCCUGUAUCACUUACAUAUCAAAUGGUGUUAUUGACAAAAUUUCAUGUUGGUAAUGCAUAAAAGAUAUUGUGUAUUCUUUGACCAAUCACCAUGCUGGCUAACUAGAAAGACUUGAAUGUUGCAAUAUUAAGCAUCUGUUACUGAAUCCUUUUUUUAAAGCGAUGUUAACAUCACAUAGUAGGAUGAGGAGUUUUAGAAAUUGGUUCAUUUUGUCAGCCCUAGAGUGAGAUUUCAGAGCAAGAAUUCCUUUUUUCGUUGCAGCUUCUCUGUGUAUUUUGUAACUGAUAGGCUGUGGGGUAACUGAACGAGGGGUAAAUGGAGGGGUUAGAAUUAAAACUGGAUGGUGGGGGGCUGUUAAUAUUCCCCUUGCCUUGGAUUUGGUUAGAAGCCCUGCCUGUUGCGCUGCAUGUCAAAACUGCCUCUGCUUUUACGCUAUGAAAUGGUCGCUGUCCUCUCUCGGUUGCUUUCAAAUGAAUUGCUACAAUGUAAUGGACAAAAUAAAAUAAAAAAAUGCUCUUGCUGACUUUGUUGUGACAAAAAGUCUGUAAAAAAAUGAAAUAAAAAUAUGUAUAAAAAAUU